UGUGGCCUUACCUGUUAGUAAGGACUGGUCUUUUAUUAAGUUGCACUGUUUUAUUGACAGUACAUGCAUCGUAUCUUUUGAUUUUGAAAGCUGUCUCAUGUCAAAGGAAUCAAGUUAUGAUAUUGUAGAGAAAUCAGCUGGAAUACCUUUGGGGUGCUGCCUGAGGGUGGUGCAAUGCCUACCACAACAUGAAGGUUUUGGCCACUAGUUUCAUCCUCGGGAUCCUGGUGUUGCCCUUCUACCUGCCUUUGGUGGUGACCACACCUAGAACACUGGCCAUCCCUAAGAAGCUGCAAGAAGCCGUGGGGAAAGUUAUUGUCAAUGCCACAAGCUGUACUGUCACCUGUGGCCUUGGCUAUAAGGAGGAGACUGUCUGUGAGGUGGGCCCUGAUGGAGUGAGAAGGAAGUGUAAGUCUCAGCGCUUGGAAUGUCUGACCAACUGGAUCUGUGGGAUGCUCCAUUUCACCGUUCUCAUCGGGAAGGAAUUUGAGCUUAGCUGUCUGAGUUCAGACAUCCUGGAGGUUGGACAGGAAGCUUUCCGAUUCACUUGGAGACUUGCUCGGGGUAUCAUCUCAACUGAUGACACGGUCUUCAAGCCCUUCCGAGCCAAUUCCCACUUUGUGAAGUUUCAGUCUGCGCAGGAGUAUGACUCGGGGACAUACCGGUGUGAUGUGCAGCUGUUAAAAAACUUGAGACUUGUCAAGAGACUUUAUUUUGGGCUGAGGGUCCUUCCUCCUAACUUGGUAAACCUGAAUUUCCAUCAGUCCCUUACUGAGGAUCAGAAGUUAAUAGAUCAGGGCUUGGAAGUUAAUCUGGACAACUAUUCCAAGCCUCACCGCCCAAAGUGGGAAAAGAAGGUAGCAUCAGCCUUGGGAAUAGGUAUUGCCAGUGGAGUGGUUGGCGGUGUGCUGGUGAGCAUUGCCCUCUGCAGAGUGCUGAGGGAGACCUACAGCAGUGACAGGCUCCAGAGCUUAAAAGCCUUGUUCCAGAAGGACCAGGUGCCCAGGAAGCCAAACUAGCUUUUAAGGAGAGUGAGUGUUCUGGCUGCCUGGUAGUGGAUUGGCUAAGAGGGAGGACUCCUACUGCCAGACAAAUAAGCAGGGGAUGUGGAGGGGGCAGUCUUGUGGCAGUUGUGGGCAAUCAUCUCUAACUGCUUGUCCCAGAUAGAUCUCCUCCUGAUCUUCCUUGCCCACUACCUACCCAGGAAACUGUAGGCAUCGCCCCUGUUCCUGGGAAGAGUUAGAACAAGCUUGCAUUGAUUUUCUAUCCUGUACAACUUGUAUACCUCCCCACCUCCAUUCCCCCUCUUCUGAGCAAUGUAUUCAUGGAGAAGGAUGUUAUUAACAGCUUUUAUAGUGAAAACUUUUUCCUUUCAAUAAAAAUAAUUCACAGUA